CUAGUAAUCCUGAUUUCUUAAACAGACUUUCAACUUCCCUUUGGAGCAAGUUUUUCCCUGCACUAACCACAGUUCUUAACAGAGGAGAACUGGAUGGUGCUGUACUUCUCUGCGUCCUAGAACGAUCCAAAGCAUGAGACUAUCAGCAAGAAUUAUCUGGCUUAUGUUAUGGACUGUUUGUGUAGCACAAGAUUGUAAAGGUCCUCCACCAAAAGAAAAUACAGAAAUUCUAACAGGUUCUUGGUCUGAACAAUCAUAUCCAGAAAACACUCAGGCUACCUACAAAUGCCGCCCUGGAUACCGAACACUUGGGACCAUUGUUAAAGUAUGCAGGAGUGGAAAAUGGGUGGCUUUACACCCAUCCAGGAUAUGUCGGAAAAAGCCAUGUGGGCAUCCUGGAGACACACCCUUUGGGUCCUUUAGGCUGGAAGUUGGAACUGGGUUUGAGUUUGGUGCAAAGGUUGUUUAUACCUGCAAUGAGGGGUAUCAACUGUUAGGUGAGAUUGAUUACCGUGAAUGUGAUGCAGAUGGGUGGGUCAAUGAUAUUCCAUUGUGUGAAGUUGUUAAGUGCUUGCCAGUGACAGACCCGGAGAAUGGAAGAAUUGUGAGCGGUGCUGUAGAACCAGACCAGGAAUAUUCCUUUGGACAUGUGGUACGCUUUGAAUGCAAUGCAGGCUUCAAGGUUGAAGGACAGAAAGAAAUACAUUGUUCAGAAAAUGGCCUUUGGAGCAAUGAGAAGCCCAGAUGUGUGGAAAUUUACUGCACAGAACCAAACGCUGAAAAUAUAGAAUCUCUAUCUAAGAAAACAGUUUACAAGGAGAAUGAAAGGUAUCAGUAUCAAUGUCAGAAAGGUUUUGUGUACAGAGAAAGAGGGGAUGCCAUCUGCACAGCUUCUGGAUGGAGUCCUCAGCCUUUCUGUGAAGAAAGGAUAUGUCAUCCUCCUUCUCUUGCAAAUGGUGACUACACACCUCACAGGAUUAAACACAGAGCUGGUGAUGAAAUCGAAUAUAGGUGUAAAGAAGGCUUCUCUCCUGCAACCCGGGAAACUCUUGUCAAGUGUACAAGUACUGGCUGGAUCCCUUAUCCGAGAUGUACCUUUCAACCUUGUGAUUUUCCACAAAUCAAAAAUGGAGAACUAUAUAAUGAAAAUAGGUACAAACCCUACUUCCCAGCACAAAUAGGAAAUGAGUACUACUAUCACUGCAAACCAAGAUUUGUGACUCCUUCAAGAAAAGACUGGGAAAAAAUUCGCUGCACUGUACAAGGGUGGGAGCCUGCAGUCCCAUGCCUCAGAUUAUGUGAAACCCAUUAUAUAAAGAAUGGGGAAUUUUUACAACAGAGAGGAAACUACAUACAGGAUCAGUCUGUAACAGUCCGGUGUUACUCUGGCUACAGUCUUCCAAAUGAUCAGGACACAGUUACAUGCACAGAGAACGGCUGGUCUCCUCAACCCAAAUGCACCCGUGUCAAGACAUGUUCAAAGUCAAAAAUAGAAAUUCAGAAUGGAUUUCUUUCUGAAUCUGAUCUUACAUAUGACCUAAAUAGAAAAACACAGUUUAGGUGCAAACAGGGAUAUGUGACAGCAAAUGGAGAAACAUCAGGAACAGUUACGUGCCUCCAAAAUGGAUGGUCUGCUCAACCCUCAUGCUUUAAGUCUUGUGAUAGACCUGUAUUUGAGAAUUCUGGAACAAAAAAUAAUAGCACAUGGUUUAAACUCAAUGACAAAUUAAACUAUGAAUGCCACGUUGGAUAUGAAAACAGACAUAAAAAAACCAAAGGCUCCAUAACAUGUAAUUAUGAUGGAUGGUCUGACAAACCAUCAUGCUAUGAAAGAGAAUGCAGUAUUCCCUUCCUAGACCAACACUUGGCUGUCAGUCCCAAUAAAGACAAAUAUAAAGUUGGAGAUAUGUUGAAAAUUUUUUGCCGACGGGGACGCAGAGUUGGACCAGAUUCAGUGCAAUGUUACUACUUUGGAUGGUCUCCUAGUUUUCCAACAUGUAAAGAUCAAGUGAGAUCAUGUGAUCAACCUCCUGAACUUCUCAAUGGGGAAUUGAUGGGAACAAAGAAAGAACAGUACAGCCAUGGUGAAGUGGUGAAAUAUGAUUGCAAGCCUAGAUUUCUACUGAAGGGACCCAAUAAAAUCCAGUGCAUGGAUGGAAAUUGGACAACUUUGCCAACGUGUGUCGAGGAGAAGAGAACAUGUACAGAUAUUCCUAAACUUGAGCAUGGCUUUGUGCAGCUUUUUGUCCCUCCCUACUAUCAUGGAGAAUCAGUGGAGUUCAACUGCACAGAAAAUUUCACAAUGAUUGGACAUGGUUCAGUUUCAUGCAUUAGUGGAAAGUGGACCCAGCUUCCCCAGUGUUUUGCUACAGAUCAACUGGAGAAGUGUAAAGCACCAGUAUCAAUUGAUGUGAAAGCACUUUAUACCAAUAAGAAUGAAUUUAAUCAUAAUUUUAGCAUGAGUUACAAAUGUGAAGAAAAGAAGGAGGAUAAACAGUCAAUCUGCAUCAAUGGAAGAUGGGUUCCUGAACCAAACUGUACAACAGAGAAAGAUUCCUGCCCUCCUCCACCACAGAUUCCAAAUGCCAAAGUGAUGGAAACCACAGUGAAAUACUUGGAUGGAGAAAAAGUAUCUGUUAUUUGUCAAGAUAAUUACAUAAUACAGAACACAGAAGAGAUGGUGUGUAGAGAUGGAAGGUGGCAGUCAUUACCACGCUGUGUUGCAAAAAUUCCAUGUUCUCAGCCCCCUGAAAUAGACCAUGGAUCUAUUAAAUUAUUCAGACCAUCAGAAGAAAGGAGAGACACAGCUGAGUCCAGAAGUUAUAAACACGGCACUACACUCAGCUAUGUUUGUGAUGAUGGAUUUAGAAUGGCUGAAGAACAUGGUGUAACCUGCCACAUGGGGAAGUGGAGUGCUCCACCUCAUUGUGUUGGACUUCCUUGUGGACCUCCACCUUCAAUCGAUUAUGGUUUUGUGCCUUAUGUACGAGACAGUUACCAGCAUGGAGAAGAGGUUACAUACAGUUGUUUUGAAGGAUUUGGAAUUGAUGGACCAGAAUUUAUUAAAUGUGUAGGAGGAAAGUGGCCCAAGCCACCAGAGUGCAAAAAAACUGAUUGUUACGAGUUACCCAGGUUUGAAAAUGCCAUACCCACAGAAGAGAAAAAGAAUUCAUAUAGGUCAGGUGAACAAGUGACGUUCAAAUGUGAACCUUCUUAUCAUAUUAGUGGGUCCAACAGCGUGACAUGUGUUAAUCGCAAGUGGAUUGGAGAGAUAAUAUGCAAAGAUAAUUCCUGUAGGAAUCCACCACAUGUAGAAAAUGCUACUAUAGUAACAAGGGCCAUGACUAAAUAUUCAUCUGGUGUGAGAGUACGUUAUGAAUGUAAUAAACCUUUUGAAAUAUUUGGGGAAGUAGAAGUAAUGUGUCAAAAUGGGAUUUGGACAGAACCACCAAAAUGCAAAGAUUCAACGGGGAAAUGUGGGCGUCCUCCACCUAUUGAAAAUGGAGACAUCACCUCCUUCCCAUUACAAGUAUAUGCACCAUUAUCAUUUGUAGAAUAUCGGUGCCAGUCUUAUUACCUACUGGAGGGUGAAAGCAAAAUAACAUGUAGAAAUGGAGAGUGGUCUGAGCCACCAAAAUGUUUACAGGCAUGUGUAAUAUCAGAAGAGAUCACAAAAAGACACAACAUAACUUACAAAUGGAUAAGAGAUCAGAAGCUCUAUUCCAAAUCAGGAGACUAUAUAGAAUUUGAUUGUAUAAGUGGAUAUAAAAAGGCAAAUGAAUCACCUCCAUUUCGUACAAAGUGCAUUGAUGGUCACAUCAAUUAUCCCAGUUGCAUAAAAGCAAGUUGGCGUUGGGGAUGAACCUUUGUUUAUUUAGAAAUAUCCAUGCAUAUUCUAAUAGAGUUUCAAUUUGUGUUUGAAGUAUUAUUUAACUCAUUUCUUCUCAUAAGUAUAAACUCGUGUUGAUAUAUAGUGAUUAAUUUGGAGCCUGAGAGACAACUGCCAUAAAUGCAAAACAGUGCAUUAAAAACUUUUAUGUGCCUUAAAAACCAGAAUGUGGUAUAUAGUAGCACAAUAACCAAUGGAAAGAAAAUAGAUGCAAGUACUUCAGUGUCUAUUUCUACCUAUAACUUUUCAAAAUCACUCCAAUCUUCAAUAUAUUUUGAUCAAAGGUUCUGAUUCAAUGUGAAAACAAAGCAUAUUGUUUCAUCUUCAAAUUAGUAUUCUCUCACAAAUAUUUAAUAAUCAAACUGUCACACUUAACAUUACUUAUGAAUAUAAGGAAUUGCUACAUACUGCUUUUGUAUUAAUAAAUAAAUCAAAGAAA